UAUAGUGGUUGAUGCCGACGCGUUUUCUGACUCUCGGCGAGCGUAGUAAACAUAUGUUGUACGCGGUGCGAGUGGUGUCGAGCUGACAUUCCGAGAAGAAAGUGUUUUGCCUCGUUGGUAGCCGUCUCGAUUCGAGCACUUGCCCUCCCUUGCACAACCGAUCAUCGCCGUGGAAGAUAUCAGUAGAAGCCUGUUGUCGCCCUUGAUGAGCGUGGCUGGCACGAGCCGUCUCGAGGUGAGCUGUGUGCUGCACUGGUUCUCCUUGUGGAACAGCGCCCAGAGGGAGGCCUUCUCUGCUACACUACUCGCCCACUUGGCACCCCCAAAGGAGGAUCCCGCAAGUGAAUUGUGUGGCCAGCUAGACACUCUGUCUCUUUCGCGCCGCAACUGCCCAUCAGUGCUGCGCUGCCAGCUGUCCCUGUGCGAACUCUACUUUGCCUCCUGGGGACCAGAGGGCCAGCGGGAAUUCCUGCAUACCUUAGCACAGCGCGACGGUCCCUUCGUGGCCCGCUUCCUCGGCUCCCUGGCACAACGAGAGCCCCUGCUGGCUCAGGCACUGGCCCCGUGACCACCGCCCUUCGCCUAUCAUCUCCAUCGUGGUUUCCCCUGGACGACAAGAGGUGCUUUUCAUAAUCCUGGUGGGCGAAGAUGCUGAGCCAGAAGGGCCCCGCGUGCAGCGCUGCCGAGCAGUCUGCUUACCUUCUCAGCUGGUUUGGAGAGUACAGUGACCUGCAGCGCGACGACUUCCUGCACGUACUGGCUGAGAAGUACACUCCCUUCGGACUUGCCGGCGACGGCACCCUGGGGCUGUCGCACCUCACCAUCGGGAACCCCGAUGCACCACCCUCGCUUUUCCAGUGCCGCAUGAGCCUCUUCGACCAGUGGUUUCAGGGCUGGAGUGACGAGGAUAAAGCGAGCUUUCUCGACAGACUAAGGUCCCUCGACCCAGAGUUCAUCGACAAGCUCUCCUCCGUCCCCAACGGCACGGCGGAUCACAGUCCAACUGCACCGCCGAUGCCACCAGCGACAACAACAGUCUUGGUGAAUCACUGCACGAGUGUGACGGUCAACGGAGACAGUCUCAAGGUCGAUGACGACGAAGAGGUAGAGGAGGAGGAAGAGGAAGGGAACCGAGAGGUUGUGUCACCGACAGAGGAACCACAACCGAUGCCGAGGAACGUUGUGUCACCGAGUGCCGGAUCCGUCGAAGAAGAGAGAGUUUCACCAUUGGUAGAAAAGAUAGAAUACGAAGAGCAAGAAGAGCUCGUGCUCUGAAGUUCAACAGAGAUGUGCGUAGCAUGGUAUAGUGCGGUGACGUAAGUGCAGCGUGGAACUGGUCUUGUUUUUGUGUCAGUGGUAUAGGAUGUCUUCCUCCUUACAUCUUUUUAAGCUGUCCGGCGUGGUUUGAAAAGUCACCGCUAAGACGCUUGUAAAAUGUGGGAUAUUCGUUCGACGUUUAUCAUCAGGGAUAUCUCUGUUACAUAAUGGGGCGGUCCCUUUGAAAGUGCCAGCAGCUGCAUAAUGCUUUAACUAGGAUGUCUUGACAACGUUUACCGUUUAAGUUGAAUAACCAUGAUUUUUAUUACGUUUCACAAACAUAUUAAUAAUUUUUGUCCCAUAUUUAUAGUUUUGAACCAUACUAUAUUCGAACAAAACCUCACGGUUUUUUCCUAUGCCUUCAAGGAGUGCCACACUAAGCCAGCUUAAUAUGUGUGGAGAGUAAAUCUUGCAUGCUUGAUGAAACAGUGUUGUUUUUAUGCAUUCCAAGUUGAAUUUAACGGAUAAAGGAUGAUGUCCUUGCUUUAUUUAUGUUGACGGUUAGAAAAAAGGGGAAAUUGUUGCCUUGAAUCAAGGGAGUAACUCGAGUCACUGCAAUGCUUAUUCGCGUGUGAUACCUGCAAUCGAAGUUCCAUUUCAGAUGAAGGAGUAGUAAUGAUGAGCGUUUCUUUGAACAGGCUUCAACGUAAGCAUGCUGCCUGGGGGUGAAGCUGCCAUCAGUAUAGUUUGUUUCAAUUGUAGAAUUUGGGGCAAUAUUGCCCUGUUUUUUAAGUACAGUUUAGUGACAUCUUUUCUUCGUACUAUUGAUGCUUAUCAUUAGAAAGCAUGAGUAUUUUUUUUUUUUGUCACCCUAUGCUCUGCCUGCUGGUAGAAGCUUCAGCUCUGGAGUCUCUCCCCAACUAGUAUGUCAUCAUUUUGUUUGCUUUUUCCAUUCCAUUUUGCUAACUCUGUGCAGCUAUAUUGUUUUUUUUUUCCUUUUGUUGGUGCAGACCAAAUUUAGCCAGAAUCGUUCUUGUCAUUCCUUGCUUUACUCCAUACUAUUAGACUUGGCAGCUGCACUUUUUUUUUUCUCGUAAUUCUGAUAUUGCAGCUCUCUUACUGAUACCUAUCCACAGGGCUAGUAUUGAGCAAUUAGUUUGCUGCAUUAAUAUAUCACUUCUGACAGAACGUACAAUGGCAUAUUUAAUGACAAACGUUAGUUGAACAAUACUUUUGUAGGUCUAUGGGUACGAAAUGUUUUCCCACCAAAACAUGAAUCGUGCUGUGCAUUGUGCUGUAUUGAAUGCAUGCAUUGUGAGGUUCAACUUUAUUCUGACACCACGUUUUUUCAAAAACACCUUCUAAAGUGCACUUUCCUAAAGGGUGUUACUGUGCAAAUCGAAUACACACCUUGACAUCUCAUCAGGUCGCCCUGUGCUCGAGACAAUUGUGCUGUGUUUGGAAUCUCAUCUGUGUUGUGCUUUCUGCGUUAAAGGUGUUGUGUGACAACUUCUUGAGUCACCUUUUACUUGCAGAAAACUGAGUGCUAAUGGAUGGUCGACUACAAAUAGCACUUUUGGCUCGUAUGCUUUACAUUGCAAUAAGCUCAAGUAUUUUGACAAUGAAAAAAAAAAAAACUGUUUUUGCUUGCCUACUACAACGUUCCUGCAGGCAGGCUAGUAGGUUGUGCCGAGUUUACCAGUAAGUGUAUGGUGGCAUGUUCAACACCAAGUGGCUUUAAGAUAUGCAGCUUGCAAGCCUCCAUUCCCUAAUGAUAUGCAUUCCUUGAGCAUUCAUAAUUACGAUUCCUUAAUUAUAGUUUCACUCACUUAUGACACUUGCCUCAGUAUGUAAAUGUCGUGACCACAUUUUUCUCAUUCUGUUUUUCACUCUUUUUACAUCAGAAGUGUUUUGGUAGAUGCAUUCUAAUAAUGCCUGGAACAAUUUAGACCACAUCUUUAUUUCGUUGAGCUUUUUUGGUAUAUUUUUGUGCAUGUGUAUAACAGUAAGGUUCAGCAUGCUGCAGGUUGUCUGAUGUGAGCAAGAGAAAUAUUUUAGGAGGCAUAAUUGCCGCACUCGCUGACUUGCGCGCUCAUGUAAGAAUUUUUGCAAGGUGGGAAGUGUGUUUAAGGAUGCUGUGCCUCCUGCAGAGUACAGCACAACCGAACGUAUUGAAGAGCAUUCCAUAAUGCUAAGCUAGUAAAUUGUGCGAUAGUGUGCUCAAUCAUAACUGAAGUUUAGUGAGCUAGAUUUUUUACACCGAUAUGCCUCCUAGUACUGUCCAUUUUCUAUUUUGGUGAAUUUACCAAGACAGCUAUGUCUAGCAUGGCAACAGUGUGUUACUUGUGAAAUAUGUCUAAAUGUUUUCAAUUAUGCCAUGAUAAUGUGCUAUUUAAGAAGCAUAGGUUCACGAAGCAAGCAACGUGUUCUUUUGCUUAGAGUUCUAGCAGCGCAGUUGUGUAGACGAAAAGGUCGUUUUGCGUCAUACUUUUUAUACAUUUGUACUAUGGGAAAUGGUGUGCUGGUUUGCGACAACCAAUGACUAAACCUUUUCUCUCACUGGUGCAACGGUUGUGUUGACCCAUCGUCAUCUAUUUCAAUACGAAAAUGCUAAGAGCAGGAUAAAUGGCAAGAAUAAUGAACUGGAAGUACUGAGCGAUUUAUUGAGCGGGCUUAUUUUCAGGAGACAAAACGGUUGCAAAGUGAUAAUGAAUUCAACAAGUGUGGUCAGUGGUCGUUGAAUCGAGACGCGCAUUGCUCGAGCUUGUGCACUACUUUGUAAACCCUUCCAUGGACUGCAUUCUGUCGUCUGUAUGUGUUUGUAGACGGCACCUGACAUCGUCAUAUCUGCACAGUUGGUUUUUGGAAUAAACCAUUGGCUCAACCCGUG